AGUUUCCGGCGCAGCACAAGUGUAAAUAUAUCAAACAUUCAUUGGCUAGAUAUAUAGUAGAUAUACACAAGCUAAAGUGAAACACGUAUUUUCUACAUAUUAUCGCAUUCAGAUAUAAUAUUUUUAGCAAGGAAAAGAAGGCACCAUAUUUCUUAGCGACCAUGAAGGUAGUAGUCCAGAGGGUUGCCCAUGCAAGCGUUUCAGUUGAUGGGAAGCUGAUCAGUGAAAUUGGCAAGGGAAUAUGUGUCCUAGUUGGACUAUCCAAGCAUGAUACAACAAAAGAUGUUGAAUAUAUGAGCCGGAAGCUGCUGAGUCUGCGCGUGUUCGAGGACGCCGAGGGGCGGCGGUGGGCGCGCGGCGUGCGGGACGCCGGCCUCGAGCUGCUCUGCGUCAGCCAGUUCACACUCUACUGCCAGCUGAAGGGCAACAAGCCCGACUACCGGCACGCGAUGGGCGGCGAGGAGGCGCGGCAGCUCUACCAGCAGCUGGUGGACCAGCUCCGAGCCGACUACAGCCAGCACAAGGUCAAAGAUGGUGUGUUCGCGGCUUACAUGCAGGUCUCGAUUCAGAACGACGGGCCCGUUACAAUCACGCUGGAGUCGCCAUCGUCUGGAGGCGCGGACAGCAAAGCCGGCGACACCGAGGCGAGUUGACCCGACCGCAGUCGAAGCAACCAUUCGACCCAUUCACUGCGCUUGAGAUGAUUCGUCGCCACUGACUUGUUGUUUUACCUUCACAGGUCCAAUUGAUAAAACUUAAAAUAUAUUUAUACGCAUA